GCAAAAGAGUUGUGCCUUGAGAGACGGAUUAAAGAGCAUUUCCGGCGACAGUGUUUCUGGACGGGACAGGGAUUGUUUGAUUGAGCACCAACAUAUCCAACACAACUACUUCUACUUCAUGGAGACAGUUAAAUUUAGUUUGAACCUGCUUGUUGACCCCAAGUGCCAUAGAGUUCUGUUUGCUGAAGUUGAGAAUGACUUUGUAGAUUUCCUCUUGAGCCUACUCUCUAUGCCACUUGGCACUAUUACUAAUCUCCUUUCUAGUGAAGCUAUGAUUGGUUCCAUUGGGAACAUAUACCACAGUAUUGAGAACAUAGAUGGAGCUUAUAUGCUGUCAAAUCAAAGCAAGAUCAUAGUCCUGAAAACAAGGAAAGAUAAAAUAUCAGCCAGAAAUUUCUAUGGUUGUCAGACUUGCCGAAAUGUGUCUAAUAAGUAUGGGGAAAGAUGCUCACUUUACAAUUGGUGCGGGACGCUCAUGACUAAGGAAAUCACAUAUGUUGGUCAUGUUAAUGUCUGUGCAAGAGGAUAUGUUCAAGGCUUAGUGACCUACAUGGUCACUGAUGAUCUUUCCACCACACCAAUGUCAGCAACCACAGGAAUCUCAGUGCUGAAAAAGUUCAAGGCCUCAAAGUUUGAUGCCCUUGAAGAGAGGGUGGUUGAGUUUACGAUUCUUGAUGUGGAGCUCGAUUUUUUGGAGGCAUCUCUGAAGUCAAAGGAAGUUCUCACUGAUGUGUUUCUACGGAAGCAAUGGCCAUUAACUGUAGGUGGAACACCUGCAAUGGGUAAGAGAGGCUGCUUGCUUAUAAUAUCUGGAAGUCGAUGUUUUUAA